AUGGGUCUGGGUAGUAUUUCUUGGUUCUACAAAGAGCCUCAGACCACCACGGUUCGGCUGUUUGACGUCUUUGCCCAGGGGAGAGACUAUAUUACUCGGUCAGAUAUCCGCCGCGCGCUUGCUGGAUUGAAACUGACGCCGACCGCUGACGAGGUCUCCGCCAUAUACCGCGAGGUAGAAGAGCUUUCUAGCAUGACGCAUCCAGAAGUAUCAGAGAAGCUCGUUUAUCCCAUGUUUGAGGAGAUGCGCCAUGCCCCACCUUUCACACCUCUUUACUCCUGCACCUUGAAUAUAUUGGCGGAAUAUAUGAAGUAUAACUGUGCUUACAUUCACCGGGGCUAUGUCACAGAGGACAGCAUUGAGACCGCUCUUCUCAAGGAGUCGAAGAGCCCCGAGUUCAUAGACAACGUGAAAAGAAAUCUUCUGCAGCUCUCCUUCAACGUGCAGUUCAAGCUUGUGAGCGUCAGAGAGCUCUACUGCUUCAUGAAACAGAUCAUCCCUAAUAACUGGCGUCAGUACAUAUGCGAAAGCAUACUAGAAAAUGUUCCGAUAUCCACUAUAGUAGAGAGCCUCUGUGAAGUGGGGUUCAAUGAGAACACGGUGAUCGAAACAGUCCGGCUCAUUGCUAGCGAGGGAAUGGUGUCUGCAUUUCCUGCGUUUCUAGAGAAGACAUCCCAGGCCGUUGUUCAUAUCUAUCAAUAG